AUGAAGUUUGGAAAGUAUUUGGAGGAGAAUCAUGUGCCGGAAUGGCGUGACAAAUAUGUUCAAUACAAACAGAUAAGAAAGAAGAUCAAAAAGUUCAAGGCAGAGAUCGAUCAAUUCAAGAAUGAUCCCGAGGACCAAGAGGAACAGAGUCCACACACUCCUCACUCCUAUGCACCCAACUCACUCAAGCGAAACAGCACCUAUUCCAACUUGGUGAAGCGUGCUGCCAUCACUGGCAGUAGUACGGGUGUUCAUUCGCCAUUCGACGGUAACCAAUCGACCGGUCUCCAAUUGGAUUCGGUGAGCAGCGGUGAACUUCAGAUGGCAUUCGUCAAUAGUUUGGCUGCGUCGGCCGGUGUCAACACCAAACAGCGAGUACUACCACUCCAUUCACAGAAUGUGUUGCAACGACUCAUCGAAAUUCAAGGUGAAAUGACAGAGAUCAUCAUGGACGAAGCAAAGAAAGUGAAUGAGUUCUAUGUGGAGCGCGAGAAAGAGGCGAUCGAAAGAUUCAAUCAGAUUUACAGUCAGGUUCACAAGUUGAUUCAGCUGCGUCAGGAAGAAGAGACUGCCAUUGAAGAAUCAUCUACCUCCGAAGCAAAGAAAGAGAGUUAUUCACCGAGAAAUAAAUUUGAAAAGUUGGUCAACAAGAAAGUUAAGACGGAGAAUGAAAAGUCGAAAAAGAAAGUAAAGAAACCAACUACUACAUCUUCUUCUUCGUUAUCACUGUCCAAUAGUAUACCGACAUCUCCAUCAAUGUCAGGUAUGUCAGUGGAUUCCAACAGUCCAACACAAAUAGUCAUAGGAAUCACACCAGAGAAAUCCAAUAAUGAUCAUCAUCACCAAGUGAAUGAACACUUGAUAGAUUCGAAUAACGAGGAGGAGGAAGAAGAAGAGGAAGAAUAUGGUGAAGCUGAUCAUUCUGGUGGAGAGGAAGAGGAAGAGGAAGACAGCCAUCCAGAGACAAUCAUUGAGAUGGUUCCAAUCGGAGACGACGGUGCCAAUCCAAUGUCAAGCACACUCACCAGAAAGAACAUCAUUCUCGAUGUAUUCGAAACCAUUGAACAAGAUAUGAUUCAGCCACUGGAAAACAAAGCAAAGAAAUGGUUUAAACUUGGUAAAAAGAAAAAUAAUGAACAUACAAUGAAAGAAUUGAUUCAAGAAUUCUAUAGAUUCUUAAUCUUGGUAAAGAAUUAUAAAGUAUUAAAUUACUCUGCACUUGUAAAGAUUAUUAAAAAAGCAGAGAAAAAUACUGAAUUGGUUCUAAAUGACAAGAUUAUCAGUACUGCCGAUAAAAUGAUGUUCAAAACAUCAAAGUUGAUCGAUAAACUCUCUGGUUCCAUCGAGAAGAUCUAUGCCGAUGUGUUUUGUAAUGGAAAGCUUCGAGAUGCCAGAAAGAACCUGAGACACCGACAGAACGCAGAGCAAGGCACUAUCGAAUCGACCACUGGAACCACUUUCUUUUCUGGAAUGUGUGCAGGUUGGACAACAGCGAUUCUCAUUCUUAUUUAUUUUGUGUUGUACACUGGCGAGUACGAUGAUUUCGUACGGUUUGGCACGGUCUACAAUUUGUUUGUCACCCUCGGUUUAGCGAUUCUCUGGGCACUGAUGUUUGGUAUCGAUAUUUACAUUUGGACAAAAGCACACGUACACUAUUCAUUUAUUUUCGAACUCAGUCGGAAUACGCUCACCUAUCAUCGUGUGUUCCAGGCGGUGACAGUGCUUUCGGUGCUCUGGAUCACAUCGAUCGGUAUCUACAUGUGGAAAUCGAUGGGUAAUUUCCCAUUCCCUUUCGUCAGUGCAGAGUACACUCCACUCAUUCUGCUGGUUGUUUACCUCUUGAUAUUGAUUUGUCCAUUCAAUAUUUUCCAGCGAGAAGUUCGAAAGUGGUUCCUUCUUACAAUUUGGCGUGUCGUCACAGCACCCGCCAAAACCGUUAAAUUCUCCCAUUUCUUUAUGGGUGAUCAGUUGUCUAGUCUUGUACUGAUGAUGGUCCAAUUGUCACAAUUUAUAUGCUUCUACACAGUCGAUGUUUAUCAUUCACCAGAGCAUGCAGUUUGUAUACAAAAAGGAAGAUAUAUUAAUCCAUUCAUUUCUGCACUUCCAGCGACUUGGCGUUUAUUACAAUGUUUCCGUCGUUAUUAUGAUAGUAAAGAUAUUGUACAUUUAAGAAAUGCAUUGAAAUAUUUCCUUUCUAUUGUUGUUGUUUUCUUUUCUGCGAUCGAUUCAUUCUAUUCAACAGGAUGGACAUCUCCAACAAGAAUCAUUUGGUUAAGUUCAGGUUUAAUUAAUAGUUGUUAUUCUUAUUGGUGGGAUUUAUUUAUGGAUUGGUCAAUUUUAGUUAAACCAAAGACAUCAAGUUGGAAUCCAUUCAAAUAUACAUUAAGAAAGAAGAGAAUGUAUUCACCAACCUUUGUAUACUAUAUUGCAAUCAUUACCAAUUUUGGAUUUAGAAUGACUUGGAGUCUUACUAAAUCACUGCCACAACUCACCACACUUCUUCCAUCAUACAAAUUGGUGGUUGUCAUUGCCGUAAUUGAAGUAUUGAGAAGAGGACAAUGGAAUGUUUACCGUUUAGAGAACGAACACAUUAAUAAUUGUGGUCGUUUCAGAGCAACUCGUGAUAUUCCAUUGCCAUAUGAAUUGAAUUAA